CGCCUAUGACGCGCAUCACGCGGUACCCAUUGUCGGCUCCUGAGGAGUUUUCCUGAACGGAGACACUCGGGGCAUAUCUUCAGUUAGUCCGCGGACAUCACAGAAACAAGGUGGAAAAUCAAUAGGGAUCAUCUGUAGGAAGAUAGUUUUUCGCACGGUCUCUAAAAAUGACUUGGUGGUGUACGAUUUUAGUUACGGUGGUUUUGAUAUCGGGUCACAUUUGUCAGGACUUCGGUUACGACGGUGACGAAGGACCGGACUAUUGGGGUAACAAGUUCGAGAAAUGCGUCGGAAAACACCAAAGUCCAAUCGACAUCGACGUGCAUAUCGUGAAGAAGGUGGUACUACCCAAGCUGAAAUUCAAUUUUUUUAACAAACCACUUAAUUUGGUGACCCUGGAGAAUAACGGGCACACAGUAAGAUUGAGCAUAAAGGAUGGCCCAGCUCCAAGCAUACACGGUGGUCCUUUAAACGGCACAUACUUAUUCAACCAUCUUCACUUUCACUGGGGCGACAAUGACACAUUAGGAUCUGAGAAUAUGGUGAAUCACAACAGUUUCCCGUUGGAGUUACACAUGUUAUUUUUUAAUAGUUAUUACAAAUCUGUGGAAGAAGCUUCAAAGUAUUCCGAUGGAUACGUUGUAUUGUCAUUCCUAUAUUCAACUUCCAACAAACCUAAUAAACAUUAUAACAUCUUCGAAACGGGACUAGAAUCAAUCCAACAAAUGAACGCCACCAAAGAAUUGGGAAAUUUUCCAUCGCUAGAUAAAUUUACAAUGACUGAUAGAAACGUGUACUUCACUUAUGAAGGCUCUUUGACUACACCACCAUGCUCCGAAAUUGUUACUUGGAUUGAAUUCCAAAACACAAUCCCAAUAUCACAUGACCAGAUUGAUGCAUUCAGGCAAUUGGACGGUGUAAAUGGUAAACUUAGACACAACUACAGACCUACACAAAGCAUCAAUGACAGGAUAAUUCGAAUGAAUUCUGCGACAACUUUACAAGCGACAUUCUUGAUUACGUUGUCCAGUUUUGUGAUAUUUUUAUUAAAUUGUUAAUUUAUUGUAUAUGUAACUAAUACGCUUUUGUACAUAUUUAUUUUUAGUUGUUUGUAUUAUAUGUAAUGUAUUUUUAUACCUAGAACAAAUUGUUUUGUUUUAAUAAAAUAUGAAUUUUCUUUUCAUA